AUGUUUGCAGUCUUACCGUCCAUAAAAGGACCCACACAGAUGAAAAGCCUUAUAAGUGCAUUGAAUGUGACAAAUGCUUCACCAAUUCGGGGGCCCUCACUUGUCACAAAAGGAUCCACACUGGGGAGAAACCCUAUACAUGUCAUGAGUGCUGAAAAACCUUUAGAUAUAAUCGUUCACUCAGGAACCAUAGAAGGCUUCACUCGGGAGAAACCCUAUAAAUGCCUGGAGUGUGGAAAAUGUUAUAAUGAGAGUGACAGUCUUACCUCCCACAAUAGGAUCCACACAGGAGAGAAACCGUUUAAAUGCAUUGAGUGUGGAAAGAGUUUCAAAGAUGUUUGCCGUCUUACACUCCACAAAACAAUCCACACAGGGGCGAAGCCGCAUCAGUGUGUGGAGUGUAGAAAGAACUUCAGAACCAGAAGUGACUUUAGGUGUUGA